GAAAACAAAUAUAUGGUUACCGCCGGUGUUUUUGUCUAAUCUACAAGGAUGAAUGUCGACAGUCCCUUUGUCAUAGAUUCGUCAAAUCUCCCCGCUGAGGAGAGUGAUCAAUUAAUAAUCCGACCCUUAGGGUCAGGACAAGAAGUUGGAAGAUCAUGCCAUAUGUUAGAAUUCAAGGGAAAGAAAAUAAUGUUGGAUUGUGGAAUACAUCCAGGAAUGUCUGGAAUAGAAGCUCUCCCUUACACAGACAUAAUAGAUCCCUCCCAGAUUGACUUAUUGUUAAUAAGCCACUUUCAUUUGGACCACUGUGGUGGUCUACCGUGGUUCCUGGAGAAAACAACCUUUCAGGGCCGUUGUUUCAUGACACAUGCGACAAAAGCUAUAUACCGCUGGCUGCUUUCUGAUUACGUUAAAGUUAGUAAUAUUGCUACCGAGCAAAUGUUGUACACCGAGGGAGAUAUCGAAAAGUCUAUGGAUAAAAUCGAAACUAUUCAUUUUCACCAGGAGGUAACAGUAAAUGGCAUUAAAUUUUGGUGCUACAACGCCGGUCACGUUUUGGGUGCAGCAAUGUUUAUGAUCGAAAUAGCGGGCGUAAAGAUUCUAUAUACUGGGGAUUUCUCUCGACAGGAAGACAGACAUUUAAUGGCUGCAGAAAUUCCCACAGUGAAGCCUGAUGUCCUUAUUGUUGAAGCUACAUAUGGAACUCAUAUACACGAACCAAGAGAAGAAAGAGAGAGUCGUUUUACCAGUCUCAUUCAUAGUAUUGUCAGGCGUGGGGGCAGAUGUUUGAUACCUGUUUUUGCUUUGGGAAGAGCACAAGAGUUAUUGUUAAUUUUAGAUGAAUAUUGGUCCGAACAUCCAGAAUUGCAUGAUAUACCAAUAUUUUAUGCAUCCUCUCUAGCCAAAAAAUGUAUGAGUGUGUAUCAAACAUACAUCAGUGCAAUGAAUGAAAGAAUAAGAAAACAAAUUGCUAUUAAAAAUCCUUUUGUAUUCAAGCACAUUAACUAUCUAAAGAGUAUUGAUCAUUUUGAAGACGUAGGUCCAUCUGUUGUUAUGGCCAGUCCUGGCAUGAUGCAAAGUGGGUUAUCUCGUGAACUAUUUGAAAGUUGGUGUACGGAUAAGAGAAAUGGUGUUAUUAUUGCUGGUUACUGUGUUGAAGGAACACUAGCAAAACAGAUCUUAACCGAACCGGAAGAGAUAGUCACAAUGAGUGGUCAAAAACUUCCAAGGAAAUGUUCAGUUGAUUACAUAUCCUUUUCUGCUCACACCGACUACAGACAAACUAGCGAGUUUAUCAGAACCCUUAAGCCACCUCAUAUUGUUCUUGUUCACGGAGAAAGAAAUGAAAUGAACAGGCUUAAACAGGCGUUGACAAGAGAGUAUGAAGACGAUAGUCAACAUCGAAUCCACAUUUACAAUCCAAAAAACACCCAAGCGGUAGAGCUAUACUUUCGAGGAGAAAAAAUGGCUAAAGUCAUUGGAAAAUUAGCUGCUGAUAGAAAAGAAAAAAAGAGAAACAUCAGUGGACUUUUAGUCAAACGAAAUUUCAAUUACCAUCUCAUGUCAGCUGCAGACUUAUCAUCUUACACGGAAUUAACAACUUGUUCUGUUUUUAAUAAGCAAUCUUUACCAUAUUCGGGAAGUAAUGAAUCUUUGAAGCUCCAAUUAAACUGUCUAGCAGGAGAAGUAAAAGAAAAAGCCUUAAGUUCAGGAGAAAAUCGUUUUACAAUUUUUGAUUCGGUUGAUAUAUGGUUAGAGGAGGAACACGAAUGCGUUGUGUUGGAAUGGAAAGCUGGCCCUGUACAGGAUAUGUUCGCUGAUUCAGUUAUAGCAGCUUUAUUAAAAAGUACUUCAAUAGAAGACCUACCAAAAUGUGGAGAAAUCGAAAAAGAAAACAUCAGUGAUUACAUUGUUGAGACAUUAAAUGAAAUGUUUGGAGAACAAGCAGCUCAUCCAACUUCUGAAAAAGGAAUUUUUCAAAUAUCUGUUAAUGGCAACUCAGCAGUUAUCGACGUAUUUGAGAAGAAAGUAGAAUGUAAGUCGGAUAAGGAAUUAGAGCAACAACUUCGCAACGUUAUUGAGAAUAUUACAACAGCAAUACAACCAGUGAAGUAUGGUGCUGCAUAAUUUAAAUACUGUAAAUCGUUUUUUAAGUGGUUGACUCCAGCUUUUAUAAAUAGUACAAAACUUUUUUGUUUGCAAUACAUUUCAAUAUUUUGAUAGUAAGAUAAUUGUUUUAUUUAUGGAUUAUUUAUAGUUAAAUAUACCUGAUGUACUAUAAAUUGUAUGA